GCGCUUGGAUUACGUCGUCGUCGAGUGCGCCAUAUUUUCGUUCCGCGCGCUUUGCCGUGCUCGCGGUCAUGGCGGACGUGUCUUGUCACGGCGGCGAGUGAUUGCGUUAGCCGAGUGACCUGAGUGCCGGGCGUCUUGCUGUGUAAAAUUUCUACAGAUACAGCGGCCGUGACAUCGUCGGAGAUCGUCACCGGGGUCGCGCGUCGCGCUCGGCCGCGCCACGUCCGCGCCCGAGUCGCGCGAACGGAGGCUUGAAAGGUUAUUGAUGGGGAGAUACGGAUACUCGCCGCUGGAACACGACCGACGUGUCUCGAGGUGUUGUUGAGCGGCGAUCUCGCUUGUUUUUCCGGGCCGACCACCGCCUGCCGCCGGGACGAUGGCGGCGGACAAGCCGACGGACGAGCCACCAGGUAUGGCCGAGCGCUGCCGGAUAUGCCUGUUCGACCACGGUUGCAUGACCAGCUUACUCAACGACCGUGUGGAGACCCAGCUCAAGGACCUGACCAAGUGCACCAGCAUCGACAUCAAGUACGAGGAGAACCUACCCGGCGUGGUGUGUCACAGGUGCUUGUACAAGCUGUCUCUAUGGAACGAGUUCAAAGAGAUGUUUAUACAGUCCAACAAGGCCCUCUUGGAACAGCUGGAGAUCUCGGAGGUGUCCGAUAACGAUAUUAAAGACUCUUCCAAGGAUGGGGAUAUGGGGCAGGACGUAAGAAAGAAACGUAAAGGUGACAAGAGUAACUUGUGUAACCUUGACAAGAAAAAGUCGAGGCUAGAUGUGUCUUCGGCAGAAGGUACGAAUGUUACUUGUGGCACAGGUCAAGGUGUAAUAGACGUGAUGUCGUCGACUGACGAUUUGCCAAAGGGGAAUGCAAAGGUCGGCAAGCAGCAAGAUGCGGAGAGUAAAAUGUCCUAUUCCGGAUCAAUGAGAGCUAGGCUGUUACCCGCGAGACGCGGUAGAAACAUCGAGCGGAGGAAGGCGUCCACGAAGCGUUGGGUAGCGAGGAAGAGGGCGCUGUUGGCCGCGACUGGGGAAAUCGUAUCGGAUACGGACUCCAUAGCCUCCGACGAGAUGCAGUUGUCGCCUGUGCAGAAGGCUCGAGCGAAGACGAACGCGGAUAAGGAGGCGGAGAAGCAGAAAAAGAUUGCAAAGGUGCUGAAGAAUCUAGAGACGAAUCUUACGGAGAAGUACAAGGUCGCGUUCCGUGACAAGGACACGGAUUCCGACACGCGCAGAACGAGAUACAGCAAGGAGCCGAGCUCGAACGUCUCGAAGCAGAGAAACAAGAAUUCGUUGUUGAGCUCAGUCGGUACGAAGAGCAUCAAGCAGAGAAAUAUAUCCUCGGACAGUUUGAUCGAAAGGGACAACUCGUUAACGGACAACGUUAUGCUGGAAGUCUGCGCGAACAAGUCCAAAGUGCAGGCUGACGAGCAAGCUUUUACACCUCAGUCGUUGAAAUCCGAGCUGGUGGUCGGCGACGUAACGUUUGCCGUAACGUCAACAUUAAUUCUCGUGGACCCAAGGAAUCUUGAUAAUGUGGACAUAAACAAUUUAACGAAGGAUUCCAAGAACUCGAGCCUCGACGAGAGCAAUCAGGAGAAGAAUACGGAUAUCAUCGACGCCGUUCAGUUGCGUAGAGUAAAUCCCGUGACGCCCAACACGCGCAGCAAAUCCAAGAGCAAGUUUGUCGAGAGAUGCUUGAACAUCGAGGUGGAGGGUAACGAAUUGGAGGUGCUGAAACGCGUGCAACACGAGUUGGCGGACUUCGUCGAGAAAGAUAUGAAGCAAAAGUUAUUAGGUACGGAUGACAGCGUCGCGAAAAUCGACAAAGUGAACAGCGCCAAAAGCGAAGGUGACUACCUGCGGCAGAAACUCGACCAGAAGUUGAAAGAUAUAAUAGAAUUUUCCAUAAAGAAAAAUAUCGAGUCUUCUAUGAUAGGGCAAAUGGGCAACAGUCAGGGAUUCACGAGAUUUUCGUCAACGUUGGCGAACAUAGCUGUAAACUCGCCCAAGUAUCAGCCGAAAGUUGUGGUAAAACGCCUAGACAUGGCGAAGGAGAGCAAGCAUUAUAACGUCAACAACGCCCACGCGUUGAAGCUGAAGAGCAAGCGCAUCGGACCGUUCAGCAUGAUCACUCGUAAACGUCAAAUCAUACCUCCGGUAAGAUACAACGAUUACAAUAUCACAGCACUCAGCUCCGAUUCGGAUGUGUUGGACGAUGACGCGGCCGAAACUCUGACAACGCUCAAGCCGAUCAACAUGAAAACGCCGAAUGUGACGAGGAGACAGUCGGCAACCAUUAUUGGCAAGCCCGUGGAAAAAAGACAAGCCGAUGGCGAGGAGGCCAAGAAGAUAGAGGAUCCCGUAACUGAGAACCAUAUAUGCGGGGUGUGUGGACUCACAUUUCACGCCCGCAGCGACGUCGAGGCUCACGUUCGGACUCACAAAACCCCUGUCGUGCAGGUCGUGCUGCAGAACGAUCAUGCGAGCCCGUCGCCGAAACCGCGGCAGGCGGGCAAGCAGAAGGUGAUGCGCUGCAAGAGGUGUCACGAGAUAGUCGAGGCACGUCUCGUCAAGACGCACGUGUGUAAAUUUCACAAGUGCUACGUCUGCAACUCCAUAUUCCGCACGAAGAACAUUCUCGCGAAGCACUUGGAGAGCCACGACCAUUCCGAAUUCAACAUAAUCAAUGCGAUCGGCAACAAGAAGCUGAACAAUGCUGACGCGUUACUGAAAAUUCUGUCGGCUGCGUCCGUGUCACCGCAGAAGGAUCAGGAGACCGAGGCUGAGACUGCGACUGCGGCUGCGACUGCGACUGCGACUGCGACUGCGACUGCGACUGCGGCUGCGACUGCUACUGUGACUGCCACUGCGAUUGCCACUGCAACUGGAACGAAAACGCAGGCUCUUGCAAAUGAGAAAAAUGACAUCCAGUCCGACAAAAUUAGUAGCACAGGCAUGAAGCUCGAUAAUGCUGAAACUAUUAAGAGGAAACCCGAGGAAACGUACACCUGCUUCGUGUGCGACAAAAUUUUUACGGACAAGGAAGUGCUGAAGGAUCAUUUGCAGAUGCACUGCGACGAUUUGAGCGAAGGGGAGCAGAGCAAUAGCAAGGAUCAGUAUCAGUGUGCUAUUUGUGGCAGCACUUUGGAAUCUGAUCAAGCGUUAGAGGAUCACGUUGGCAAGCACUUGUUCGAUGACGAGGACGACAACCCUAAUCUGAUUAGCAUAAACCAAAGCAGUGAGAGUUAUACUGAUACGAGGGAAACCGAGUAUCAGUGUGGCCAGUGCUCAGAGAUGUUUGACUCGGAGGUGUUGCUGGAGAUGCACAUGCAAGCGCACGAGGAGGAAUUCGCGAUAGCGGAGUGGGAGGAGCAAGGAAUGAAGGUGCAACAAUAUCAAUGUAUGCUCUGCGACGAGUUGUUCAACGCGGAAGAGGAGCUGGCGGAACAUUUGGACAUACAUAAUGCGAACGCGCAAGUAUGCCAGUUGUGCGACAAGCCGUUCCGUACGCUGGAGGACCUGCAGAAACACGUUGCAACUCAUUGAUAUAUCAAAUGUGUAAUCAAUAUUUUAUAUGUAUAUGUAUUAAUAGCUAUUACGAAACCUCUGUGGGAUAAUGAGCAGAUAAGAUUCUACUACAGGCUGCGUUCGCUUUGGCUUUAACUUUGGAGCUCACAUGCUGAAAGUGUCAUUCUAUUUUUGCACAUUGCAUGUCGAAGAAAGAUAGAGAAAAAGAUAGAAUGACGUCUUCAGCACGUGAGUGCCCGAAGCAAGCGUAGCUAUGUUUGUCAUGGUUGCUACGAAAUCUGCCAAUAACAAUGUGAAUAUUAUAAAUUUUUUGUUCGAAAUAUCCAAGUUAGCUAUACAAUUGGUUGUAAAAUUUAUCAAUUCCUUAACUUUGCCAUUCAAUUAACGCAUAUUUUAUUUAAGACAAUUAUUUAUAAAACGAGGCGCUGUUAGGCGUAUAUUAAUAAUUAAUUCAAAUUUUAAAUUUCUCUUCGAAAGAAGUAAAUUCUGUUUAUUUAUGACGAGCAUUGAUAAGAUUGUCAUUUUAUUUUUAUUCAAGAUCAAGUAAGAUCGCACCCUUUAAGUAAAAGCGCUGCUUGAGUAUAAGUUUUGGAAAGUUUAUCUUCUAGAAUAUCUGUUCCGACUUAUAUUCUGGAAAUAUACACUUUCUGUUAUACAUAUGUACGUAGAAAAGAGAGGAGGAGAAAACAAACAUAAAGGUAAACACCUUUUCUGUACGACCGUAUCCCUUUGCCGAUUCAUAAUUAGCGUAUUUUAUUUUAUGUUUAAAACCUUUAUACAUUAUAGCGAUACUUGUUGGUAUAAAUGUAUCACACAGAGAAUGUAAGUUAUCUAAGUUGUCAAAUUAUGUGAGAUAUAGCCCCAGCCAAAUCGUACGAAUAACUUUUUAUUUUACGUGCAAAAUGAAAUCUUAGUUGGGUUUUUAUCUGAGAUAUUUUCAUUCGCAAUGAUGAUGGAAAAAAGUCUGUUUUUCCUCUUCGAAGAACUCUAUAUAUACUUUAUAAAUAUAAAACUUUAUAAAUAUUACAUUGAUAAAAAAAAGUUUAUUUUCGCAGUAAAUAUGUUAUUUAAAAUGUACAAUUGCAUACAAUAUUGUACACUUGACACGUACUAAAACGUUGUUAAAUAUAAGCAACUGCGUUAAAUAGAUGAUUAAAUGCAUAAAUAAGGGGAUGUUACAAUAUAUUUUAUUAAGAGAU